GUAUAAUUUAUCUCAGCUUGCAUAUUUUGUGCCACACUAUCUGCAGGGGAUUAGACACUCGUAAUAAUUUCUCGCACACGGGCUCCCCUAUGCUCUCGGCGGCCCCCGUGGUGCUGGUCAGGCCAAGCGAGCGAAUCAAAUUGUAUCUUCCCUUUGCAGACACCGCAGACUUUUCGCCGCGCGACUCCAUUGAACGGUUUUGUGAAUCCAUUCGUCCCUUUAACUGAGCCGCCCUUCGCGUACAAGCCCUGCACUGCGCAAAGAUAGCGGCAGAUUAGUUCGCUCUAGAGAUAACAGCACUGCGACAACAGUCAUAUAGUACUAAGCGCUGGGUUCUAUCUUUGGCGCCACCGGCUCGGACCGUGGUUUCUGUCUGACGCCUCGGAGCUUACACCGCGUGUUUCCACUGCCUCUGGCAGCCUACAGCCAUAUCGAGACAUUUUUCCGCAAAGCAGGGCGCAUACAAGCUCGCGUCCUGAACAGAAGCGAGUAGCGGUGUUGUUGGGCCUCAAGCAUUUCGACCAGCUGGCAGCAGCGCAGAUUAUAAGCUGCAUAGUCACGGAGGCAUGCCUGCCGAUAAACCACGACUGCUUAUCCUUGGUGGCGGACCCGCUGGAGUCAUCCUUGCUCAGCGCUGCUGUUCAAGCUUCGUAGUGACCCUCGUCGACCCUAAGGAGUACUUUGAGAUCACAUGGGCCACGCCACGCGGCCUGAUGGACCCCCGGGUGGCGGCAGCGGCUGCCAUCAACUACUGGGACAUUCCGGACCUAGGGCGGGUCAUCCAAGCACGUGUCACACAGCUGACAUCCCAGUCGGCGCUGCUCAGUAGCGGCGACACGAUCUCAUUCGACUUCGCGGCGGUGUGCUCCGGCUCCUCCACCUCGGAGCUGUUCAAGUCGGCGGCCGCCACCAGCCGGGGGCAGCGCCUGGCGGAGAUGAAGGAGCUGCAGGGCGAGAUCCGCUCCGCCAAGUCGGUGCUGGUGGUGGGCGGCGGGCCCAGCGGCGUGGAGAUGGCGGCGGAGAUUGUGGACGCCUUCGCGGGCAAGGCCGUCACACUGGUGCACGGCGGCAAGAGGCUGCUGGCGGAGCUGCCGCCGCGGGCGGGGGCCGCGGCGCAGAGGUGGCUGGAGGCACACCACGUCAAGGUCAUGCUGGGUCGGCGCGUGGAAUCCAAGCCCCCGCCCGACGACCCGUCCCUCGGUGCCACCUCCGCCACCGGCACCACCGCCACCGGCACCCACAGCGGCAGCGCUCACACCGCCGUCGGCGGCGCCGUGGCGGCGGCUGUGCCUGAUGAGCGGUCCUGGUCCGGCGCCGGAAGCUACGCCCACUCCCACGCCGCCGCCGCCUCCCACCCCGACGGCGGGCAUCACACGCACCACGCCCACAACCCACUGCUGGACAGCGCGGGGGCCGCCGCCGCCGGCCUGCCGUCGGUGGUGCGGCUGAGCGACGGCUCCUCACUGGCGGCUGACGUGGUGCUGUGGUGCACGGGCAGCCGGCCGGCGGCGGCAUUCAUGGCGGGCGGCGAGCUGGCGGGCUGCCUGGACGAGCGCGGCGCCGUCAAGGUGCUGCCCAGCCUGCAGGUGGAGGGCCACCCGCACAUGUUCGCGCUGGGGGACGUCAACAACGUGCCCGAGACCAAGCUGGGCUUCCUGGCGGCCAAGCAGGCGGAGCUGGCGGCGGCCAGCCUGCAGGCGCUGGCGCGGGCAAAGGCAGCGGGCGGGCCGGCGCCCAAGCUGCAGCGCUGGAAGCCCAACGGCGGCACGCUGGCCGUGAUGAUGGUGACGCUGGGCCGAGAUGACGGCGUCAUGCGCGCCGGCGGCCUCGUGUUCAGCGGCUGCGUGCCGGCACUGAUCAAGUCGCGAGGGCUGUUCGUGCAGAAGUAUCGGAAACUGCUCAAGGUGAACGCGCCGGGGCCAGCGCCUGGUGCGGCUGGUGCGGCUGGUGCGAGCGGCCUGGGUCGUGGCGCGGUGGGCGUGGCGGCGGUGGCGGGCGCGCCGGUGGGCGCGGUGCAGGCCGCGGCGGAGGUGGCGCAGGCGGUGGCGGCGGGCUGCGACGGCGGCAGCGGCAGCAGGUGAUCGGCCGGCUGCGGCAGCAACUGCUGCGGCCGCCGAUGGCUAUAUCGUAUACCGUGCCUUGCUACCCUACGCAAUCGGGCAUACAUGGAUUGCUAUACGCUAUUUGGAAGCAAAGCAGAUUAGUAUGCAAACUCGCAAAGCAGGAGCACACAAGGCACUGUCUGCAUUAAAUACGCACAACACGAACCAUGGCUGUGGGGGCGGGCCGUCUCCCGAACGGCGCUGGGGCCCCAGACAGCGCGCCUGCGCCCGCCGCCCGCCAUUCAGUAAUAGCCAGUAGGUGGGGCAAAAAGUAAUAGAGUGCAAAGAAAGCUUGAAUGUGAGUCUCGUGUCGGUGUGGCAUUUCGUUGGUCUUGAUCCCGUCUGGUGCUGAUGAGGGUUGGCGCGGUCUUCAUGUUUUUUUGUUGGGAGGGCACUCUUGUUUGCAACUACGUUACUAGGGUAUGUAUUCUGGUGCACUUUGGCAAGGGGAUGGCGAUGGGUGGACGGGAGCGGUUAUUUCUCACCCGCGUGCACCGGGGGCCUGAAGGCAGCACGGUUUGUCACAAGGCGUGUUCAUCGAGCGAGCGUUCGAGUGCUUGUGUGAGAGGGACAUGCCUGACAGCUAGAGCUUCUGUUGAUACACCGCAACUCACAUGGCCUCCUUUUUAGGAGUUUGCUGAGUUGGUAGGGAGGGGCAGUGAGGAUGCGUGCCGGUGGUCGGGUCGGGUUGCGGCCGAGCCGGAGGUCAUCUGGUGUGGAGUUGUAUGGGGCUGCAUGGCGGGGUUUGGAGUUGUAUGGGAUGACUGAUGCUUAUCUCUGCCCGCACACAUUCGCGCUGCACAAGUGGAGGAGUUGUGCGGGCGGCUGCACGGUAUGCUACUGCGGGGGCGUGCACCCGGCAGGGGGUGGUCUGGGGGUUGUAGUCCAGUGGCGCAAAGUGUGUGUGCGUGUCAGGGCUAUGCGGACACCUAAGUGUGUGACAGUUGCCUUUGCAUUUGCCAGGUUUGCAUUAAAGCACAGAAGUGAUGUGCCCGCUAUGUGAGACUUUGCAACAGGUUUGCAAUGCUCCAGUCCGGUGGCAGUCGUAGGGGAGUUGAACAUUGCGCAAGGAAUGUGGCGCAAGUUCUUUUUGCAUGUGUGGCUUUGGGCCACCAGACUUGUUGAUGUGUCGGGUCGGCCAUGGAGCCUACGCCGUUGGCAUGUGUUCCUUCCUAGCGCCCACAAGGAGCAGACGCCUGCGUGCUGCGUGAGUGUGUUGCGGUACUACGGACGAAACCGGCGACGCGGGUGCGACCAGACCAGGCUAGACGUGGCUAGAUGUUUGCAACUGUGGCAUCGCAUGAACUGCGCCUGCGGCUGUGUGCGCACGGAUGUGAGUUAAGAAUAUAAUAACUGGCACCGGUUAUUGACGUGGCACCGCGAGUCGCCGCGAGGGGGGCAUGUGGUCCACCCGCGCGCCGCAGCCCCGGGCCUGCACCGCAGAACUCUAGGGGACCCCGCCCGCGUUUUGGGCUGGGUGCUGACACACACACGCACAUUUCCACCGGUCGCUUGCAUGGAGAAGGUGACGGUGGUGGUUAUGGCAGCUAUAGCUCUCUGCAUUCCUUUGGCAUUGGCAAAUAACGGCGGCGGCUGUGCCGCCCGGAUUGAUCCUGUGUGGCUGUGUGGAACCAGAGGUGCCGCGGGUCGGUGUACGGAGUGGCUCAGGGGGUGGCUUGUUUCGCUCGGUUGCUUGUCAACGGUUGCGUGGCGACGGCCGCAAAGGAAUCAAACAGGCGCUGCAGGGCCGUGAAUAAUUUGAUUAUUGUGUGUUCUCGUGCAGGUGAAGCCAAAUGGGCGUGUGGAAGACUGGGUGAAUUAACAAGAAAGGGAUGGCUCUCCCUCUCGCGGGGCGAAGUGGCACGCCACGUUGGUGCACUGUCUGAGGUCGAAGGUUCCAAAACUACCCAUCUCGCGGGCAUUGCCGGGGUCGAUUCGGACGGGCACCGCCCGCUAUGCGUCCGGCCGCGUCCCGCUGUCAAGUACAAGCACAG